AACUAAGUCCACAGGUUUCAGGCGUGAACUACAAACACAAACGUUAUAUUAAUAGGACAAUGACUUGUUCCUUAUUUGUUGUAAACCUUUGCCAUUCACCUUGAUCCCCCAAUUAAACCAACUUAACAACAUCUGAAUAUGACCACGCUACCUCAUUCAUUUACUAUGAUUGUAACAUUAAUUAUUGUUCUUGCCCAAACACUUGUGGUGGUGAACUCACUUCCUGAAGCUGAUAAAAUAACCAAUUUGCCGGGGCAGCCACAUGUCAAAUUUCAGCAAUAUUCUGGUUACAUUACCGUGGAUGACCAAAAUCAGAGAGCUUUGUUUUAUUACUUUGUUGAAGCUGAAAAACACCCUACUUCCAAGCCAGUAGUCCUCUGGUUGAAUGGAGGUCCUGGUUGUUCAUCUAUUGGAGUUGGAGCUUUAGUUGAGCAUGGCCCUUUCAAACCGGGUGACAACAAUGUUCUUGUGAAAAAUCAUUAUAGUUGGAACAAAGUGGCAAAUGUGCUAUACUUGGAAUCACCAGCUGGUGUUGGAUUUUCAUACUCAAGCAAUACAUCUUUCUAUACCUUAGUGACAGAUGAAAUUACAGCUAGAGAUAAUCUUAUUUUUCUACAGCGAUGGUUCACUGAAUUCCCUGAGUACUCAAAAAACGACUUCUUCAUUACAGGGGAGAGCUAUGCAGGUCACUAUGCUCCACAACUUGCACAACUUAUUGUUCAAACAAAGACCAACUUCAAUCUUAAGGGGGUAGCAAUAGGCAAUCCUCUAAUGGAAUUUGAUACUGAUUUGAACUCCAAAGCUGAAUUCUUUUGGUCCCACGGACUGAUUUCAGAUUCAACUUAUGAUCUCUUCACCAGAGUUUGCAACUAUUCCACAAUUAGGAGACAAACGAUACAAGGUAAUCUUAGUGACGUUUGUGCAAAAAUAAAUGGACUGGUGUUUACUGAGGUUAGCAACUAUAUAGACCAAUAUGAUGUCACUCUUGAUGUGUGUCUGUCAUCAGCAAAUCAACAGGCUUAUGUGCUGAAUCAAAUGCAAGAGACACAGAAGAUAGAUGUUUGUGUGGAUGAUAAAGCAGUCACAUACUUAAACAGGAAAGAUGUGCAGAAGGCUCUCCAUGCUAAGCUUGUUGAAGUCUCCAAAUGGUCAGCUUGCAGCAGAGUUCUCCAUUAUGACCGUCGGAAUCUAGAGAUACCAACCGUUUCUAUUCUAGGCUCACUUGUUAAUUCCAACAUCAGAGUUCUGGUAUACAGUGGAGAUCAAGAUUCAGUUAUCCCAUUACUGGGAUCUCGGUCUCUGGUGAAUGGAUUAGCCAAGGAACUUGGACUGAAUACAACAGUGGCAUAUAGAGCCUGGUUUGAGAGAAAACAGGUAGCAGGAUGGACACAAGUAUACGGAGAGCUCUUAUCAUAUGCCACCAUAAGAGGAGCAUCUCAUGAAGCUCCCUUCACUCAACCACAGAGAUCACUCGUGCUACUUAAAGCAUUUCUAGAAGGAAAGCCACUACCUAAUGUUAAAUAAAAUAUGAACUGCUUUAAUCACACAGAUGUUCCUAAUUCCUUUCACCACAAUAAAUAUUUUUUUUCUAAAAUCCUCACAGAGCUAUUGGAUCAUAUUUAAUUGUUCUUUCGAAUAAUGAGUUAAAGUAGCAGGGGUUGAAACUAAGCAAUGUUAUUAUUGAAGUCGAAAAUCACAAAUAAAGUUGAAUUUUCUGAGA